AUGUUUGAAACUUCCCUCGACUCACCAAAGUAUCGCUUUCUCAAUUUCGUCCCAAACACAUAACUGUUCUUCGUUUUUUGUUCUCUUUAAUCUCUCUCUCUCUCUUUGCAGCGAUUUGUAGCCCACGUUUGUUUAUGAAAUCCGGUGUAGAUCCGUGCUGGGACCAUGGCGGCGUCAGUGGAUACGAGUCUGUGGGACGGCGUGGCGGUUUUGACGAAGGCAGCUCAAGAAAAGGGCAGCGACCCACUUCUCUGGACGGCGCAGCUCACCUCUGCUCUCAGCUCCGCCGGCGUCUCGUUGCCGUCGACGGAGGUCGCCCACCUGCUGGUCUCUCACAUUUGCUGGGCUAAUAACGUUCCCAUUGCCUGGAAGUUCUUGGACAUGGCCUUGACGGCCAACAUAGUGCCGCCCAUGCUCGUCCUCGCUCUUCUCUCUACCAGGGUCAUACCAUGUCGACAGUUGCAUCCUGGAGCAUACCGCCUUUUUAUGGAACUGCUAAAGAGAUAUGCUUUUUCGUUUGCCUCUCAAAUCAAUGGACCAAACUACCAAAAGAUCAUGAAAUCUAUAGAUGACGUCCUUCAUCUUUCCCAAAUGGCUUGUGAACCUGGGAUUCUUGUGGUCGAGUUUGUCUUUUCAAUCGUAUGGCAGUUACUUGAUGCAUCUUUAGACGAUGAAAAGUUGCUGGAAUAUACCUCAGGAAAAAAGUCUAAGUGGCCAACUAAAUCACAGGAUAUGGAAAUAGAUGGUCAUGGUGGCUUUAAUGAGAAGAAAACUGAAUGUCAUGAGGGAAUGCACAAAAUGAAUACUGUAAUUGCUAUUGAGAUAAUUGGAGUAUUUCUUGAAAAUAAAGUGACUUCCAGCCUUCUUUACUUGGUGCACCAAAACAUGCCUUCACACUGGGAUGGUUUCACACAGCGAUUGCGGCUGCUUGUUGCAAACUCAUCAGUGUUGAGGAAUUCAAGACAUAUGACUCCUGAGGCUCUUCUACAGUUGAUAUCUGAUGCACAUAAUGUCCUACCUGGGAAGCGCAAAAUGAGUUUAAAGCAACUGUACCCUGCAGUAAUGGCUUCUGGAUCUCUUAUAUCUUCUGCUGGUCAGUGUUAUGGAGCGAAUGGUUCUGCACUUUGGCUUCCGAUUGAUCUCUUUUUGGAAGAUGCAAUGGAUUCACGAGUGUUGUCAAGAAACGCUGUUGAUGUCCUCACCGGCUUGGUAAAGGCGUUGCAGGCUGUUAAUAAUGCCACAUGGCAUGAUACAUUUUUAGGUCUAUGGAUUGCAGCUCUCCGGCUUGUUCAAAGGGAAAGGGACCCCAUUGAGGGUCCUGCACCUCGCCUUGAUACCUGCUUAUGCAUGUUAUUGUCUAUUACAACACUUGCAAUUGCCAAUGUGAUUGAGGAAGAGGAAAGCACACUGAUUGAUGAAAUUGAUCGCAGCCCCACUAAUCAAAGGAAAAGGAAGCAGGUUUUGGGAAAGCGUCGCAAGGAUUUGGUUUCAAGCUUACAGUUAUUGGGUGAUUUUAAAGGCUUGUUAACUCCACCUCCAACUCUUGUAUCUAUAGCCAACCAAGCUGCUGCCAAAGCAAUUAUGUUUCUUUCAGGUGGCACAGUCGGGAGUGGAUACCUUGAGUGUGCGAGCAUGAAUGACAUGCCGGUUGAUUGUUCUGGAACCUUGUGGCAUAUGAUUGUUGAGGCUUGUAUUGCAAGAAAUCUACUGGACACAUCUGCAUAUAUUUGGCCAGGCUAUGUGAAUGGGUGCAGCAAUCAAAUACCUCACAGCAUUCCUGGCCAAGUGCCUGGUUGGUCCUCUUUGAUGAAGGGGUCCCCUCUAACUCCAUCAAUGAUAAAUGCCUUGGUUUCAACUCCAGCUUUAAGCUUAGCAGAGGUCGAGAAAGUAUUUGAUAUUGCAGUUAAUGGAUCAUAUGACGAGAAGAUAGCUGCCGCUACAAUUCUCUGUGGAGCGUCCCUAAUCUAUGGUUGGAAUAUACAGGAGCACACUAUUCUUCUUAUCACAAGAUUGUUGUCACCUCCAGUUCCUGCCGAUUAUUCUGGGAGUGACAGCCAUUUGAUAGGUUAUGCUUCAUUUCUGAAUGUCCUACUUGUUGGAAUAUCAUCUAUCGACACUAUUCAUAUUUUCGCCUUACAUGGCUUGGUCCCGCAGCUUGCAGGUGCGUUGAUGCCCAUUUGUGAGGUUUUUGGAUCAUGUGCACCUAAUUUGUUGCGGACUCUUCCAACUGGGGAAGAAAUCUCUGCCCAUAUGGUAUUCUCGAAUGCUUUCACUGUUCUGCUGAAGUUAUGGAGGUUUUAUCAACCAUUAACAGAACAAAUGAUGGGAGAUGUGUCUUCAGUCGGGUUUGAAUUCACUCCUGAGUACCUGUUAUUGGUGCGGAACUCCUUAGUGUCCUUUGGAAACACCAAGGAUCGAAAUAGAAGUGGGAGCGUUUGGAGGAAUUCGAAUCCUCCUUAUACGGAGCCUAUAUUUAUGGAAUCUUUUCCAAGAUUAAAAAAAUGGUACCAGCAGAAUCAAGCAUGUAUUGCUUCAACCCUCUCUGGUCUUGCUCAUGGGACUCCUGUACAUCAGAUUGUUGAUGGACUUCUAAAUAUGAUGUUCCGGAAAAUAAAUAAAGGUGGUCAACCUCUGGCUCCUGCUUCUGGAAGCAGUACUUCGUCCAGCGGAACUGAAGAUGCUUGUCAUCAACUCAAGUUGCCUGCAUGGGAUAUCCUUGAAGCCAUACCUUUUGCCCUUGAUGCUGCUUUAACAGCUUGUGAUCAUGGGAGACUCUCUCCACGUGAAUUGGCUACUGGGCUAAAAGAUCUUGCAGAUUUUCUUCCUGCAUCAUUGGCAGCCAUUGUAAGCUACUUUUCAGCUGAAGUAACACGGGGUGUAUGGAAGCCAGCUUUUAUGAAUGGAACUGAUUGGCCAAGCCCUGCUGCAAAUUUAUCAUUGGUUGAGCAGCAGAUGAAGAAAAUAUUAGCAGCCACUGGUGUUGAUGUCCCAAGUCUUGCUUCUGGGGGAAGCUUACCAGCUACACUUCCUUUACCCUUGGCUGCGCUUGUAAGCCUCACAAUAACCUACAAACUUGAUAAAGCCUCGAAACCCUUCUUGAAUCUGGCUGGCUCAGCCUUGUAUUUCCUUGCAGCAGGUUGCCCUUGGCCAUGCAUGCCCAUCAUUACUGCUUUGUGGGCCCAGAAGGUGAAGCGUUGGAGUGACUUCUUUGUGUUGGUUUCUUCUUGUACUGUCUUCCACCACAACAGGGAUGCAGUAGUGCAGCUCCUCAAGAUCUGCUUCUCAUCCAUUCUUGGGCUCGAGACUUCUCCCAUCUCUAGCACCAGCAGUGGUGGUGUGGGUGCUCUCCUUGGCAAUGGUUUUGGUUCACAUUUUUCUGGUGGGAUUUCUCCUGUUGCCCCUGGAAUUCUCUAUCUAAAAGCACUCAAAUCUAUCAGAGAUGUGAUGUUCAUGACAGAAGAGAUUGUCUCUCUUUUAAUGCUUUCUGUUAGAGAGAUUGCAACCAGUGGGUUACCACAGGAACAAUUGGAGAAGUUAAAGAAGAUGAAGUGUGGGAUGAGAUAUGGACAAGUUUCUCUUGCUGCAGCCAUGGCACGUGUCAAGCUUGCUGCUUCAUUUGGGGCUUCUUUAGUUUGGAUAUCUGGUGGAUUAAAUUUAGUCCAAACUUUGAUCAGAGAAACCUUGCCUUCGUGGUUUAUAUCAGGCCACGGAUUGGAGGCGGUUGAAGGGCACUGUAGAGGUAUGGUUGCGAAGUUGAGUGGUUACGCACUAGCAUACUUUGCAGUACUUUGUGGGACAUUUGCUUGGGGUGUUGACUCUGCAUCACCUGCAUCAAAGCGGCGGGCAGGCGCCCUUGGCAUCCACUUGGAAUUUCUUGCAAGUGCUCUGGAUGGGAAGAUAUCGCUUGGUUGUGAUUGGGCCACUUGGCGAGCUUAUGUGUCGGGGUUUGUGAGUUUAAUGGUGGAAUGCACACCAAUGUGGGUGUUGGAGGUGGAUGUGUGUUUGUUGAAGAGGCUGAGCAAGGGAUUGAGGCAAUGGAAUGAUGAUGAACUGGCUCUAACCUUGCUGGUAAUUAGAGGGGUUGGCACAAUGGGUGCAGCUGCUGAGCUGAUUAUUGACAGUAGUGUGUGAAAUUAUUCAAGCACAUUGGUAAAAAAUGGUGGCUCCUAACCGUACAGAAUGAUUUUGAUGCACCUUAUUUGUUGUAAAUCGUUAAGAUGGCAAACUUUUUUGCUUCUGCCAUUGACAAUUUUGUAGAAUCAUUGUUCAUUUAUACCAUAGUUUGUGAAAUUCCCGUUGAAGUUGCAUAAAA